UUUACCAAAAAAAAGUGUAUCAUGUAGUUAAGUUGUAGAAAGUAUAUCAUACCGUUCAUCUGUUUCCUUAUGAUGCAAAAGGCAUAAUCUCCAGUGAACUUUGUUUGCGUUGAGCCCCUGCACUGUUCUGUUAUUGCAAUACUUAUCUAUCACUGUGCGCAGCUAUGGAUUUUUCUGUAAUAAGGAUACACUUAUUCCGCAAACAAGUUGGGAUUUUCUUCUAUCCAUUUCAGCUACUGGGACUCCUGAUACCUUUAGUGAACGGGAUUGUUCCCUUUCAGGACACCUUCAAUGACAAACUUGCUUAUGGCAGGGACAACGACUAUUCUUACUCUACGCAAGUGCCGCAACGAUGCGGCAUACCAAACACCCUUCCUUCACAGCCAGGCCAACCGGCAGCGAGUGAAGGCGUGUGGUACAGCUACCGUCAGACCCCGCCCAUUCCGGUCAAUUCCUACUACGUGGACGUGGGCAUUCAGCAGACGCACGAGCCAGGCACCGGGCAGGCGGCAGAGACCCAGUGGUUUCAGCUGAUGCAGUACCGCAGCGACAACCGCACCUGCACGUAUUCCUUUUGGUCGGGGUACCAACUGGCGGACGGUCGACAGCUGGGCGAGAUAUCGUCCGAUCAGGAUGGCUAUAUACCCAGACCAGAUAACUACAUCGCCACGUACUACGACUUCAGCGUCUUCGGCUUCGACUAUCAAUGCGCCCAGCCGAACUACACCAGCGGAUUCUGCGAUAAGCCGGUAUUUUACAUACAGACACGUGAGCGGCCCGAUGAACUAUCGGCCGACGUCAUGCAGAGAAUCGACGACACCGUUAGUUCUAUCCUGAAGCCGUAUUGCUUGACGCUUAACGAUGUUCCGAAAACAAUUUACACCAAAGAUUUACCACUGUGCCCUUUGAUCGACCCACCGGAUUGUUUUGAGAAGAAAAUACAGGGUUAUUCCGACCUUCCUGUUCCCAGUCAAAAGUGUGGUUUCCCUCUUGCAAUUCCUCCUUGGGAAAAGCACAUACCGGAAAAAGUACAGGGAGCGUGGUAUUUGUACCGGCAAAUUGCGCCCAGUCAGUCGUCGAACAUCCUCAACAACAUUUACGCUUCGUAUGGUCUCAAAGAUACUGCUGUACCUUUCACGGAUAUCUAUGCCGAAUAUCAGUGGCUACCCAGUUCCUAUUACUCCACGCCGGAUGGGGGCGUAACAUACAUCUGCCAGUACGACCACUGGAUCAGUCGUGUGGGUGCGGAUGGCAGCCAGAUGAUCAUGGACUACGCGUCCGAGAGUGUUCCGCCCUACGCUCCCAACCCAGAAAUCCAUGUGAUGGCCAUAGUGUACGAUUACAAUAAAUACUCCAUCGACUACGGGUGUGCCAAACCCAACCUGAAUACAAGAAUCUGCGAAGCCCCGAUAAUUUACGUUGCCACACUCGUCCGACCCACCAAGUUAUCGUCCAGCGACAAAGCGGACAUUGACCGGAUUCUGGAUACUAUUUUCGCACCCUACUGCCUAUCGUCAGCGGAUAUUCCGCUGCAGCCGUACGACGAUAACCGACCCGACUGCAUCUUAGCAAAUCCCGUGGGCUGUGCCAAUGCGUCCAUGCAGGUCAUGGGCGUGGACAUAAAUGCUGUAUUAAACGGAAGUACUGGGCGCUAACCUGUCCUUGCUUUGUUUCUGGUGUUAAAGUUUGUACGCUUCCGGAAAAAAUGCACAUUUUAAAAAGGUUGACUAUAUGAUAACAAAUAUUAUAAGCGUAAUUCACAUCUACUAUUAGUCCGUGAUAAACUGAACAGGUACACAGUUCCGUGUACUUUUUAUGCACAAGUACAACCGAGGGUCAAAAAAGUGAUGCUUCAUUUUUGCGCUUAUUACGCAAGCAGGCGCUUCUCAACGAACUUUGUUCUAGUGAUUUACAGUAUAUACAUUCGAUGUGUUCGUGUUGCACUCUAGCUGUUGACUUUAUUAAUAAACUGUU